UUGCAUUCAACUGGUGAUUUUCGCUUAUUAAGUCCUGGCUUAUCAAAGCUUCCAGACACCCAUACAAAAUUUGCAUUUAAGAUUAUAUCGCGAUAGAAAUAGUCGUAUUUAAAAGUGAAUCAAUUCGCUCUGACACCACGCCAAGCCCAGUCUGUGUUUUUUUUCUCGGUUGGUUACGUUUGAUGCAUUCAAGAGUCUUCAGGCGUGCGCUGGAUCUAUUCAAAGAGGCAACUCUACCGGUAUUAUUUGUUCAAAUUUGGCAGCUCAUCGUUUUGUCUGCUGCACGAAUCCAAUGCUCAUAGAUUCUCACUUUUAAGGACUGUUUUCGUCUAAACAUAAUGUUCGGCCAACACACGAGUAUACCGUUCGCUCAAAUGCGGAAGCAAUAAUACGGGUCUGUAAACACUGCAUUUGUUUGUGCUUGACGCCUAUCGGGAGAUCGUUUAUUAUCAUGUUUCAAUUUUGAAACUAAAUCAUGUCAUAGAAUUUGAGACAUUUAUUGAUCGUUGUGUAUAUAUAUAAACUUUGUGAAACAUAAUUAUCAGCUGUAUAUUGCACGUAAUCUGUUUUAAAUGACGUGCAUUUAAACAGUGCAUGCGAGCCCAACCAAAUGAGAUCUUUUGAAGUGGAGUGAAUAUUUCAUGAACGGUUGACACCACUAUUCGAAGUUUCUUCAAAAGGAGGAUCAUCUUGAGAAGUUGUUGCUAUGGCAGACAACGCGCAAGAAAUCCUUCGCUUCCUAUCUCGCAGACAAGGCACGCCACUCAGACGACAACACUCCCAAAGUUACCGCCAAAUCAAAGAAGGCGCGAACAGCGAAAAAACCAUAGCCAUAAAAAUCAAGAAGCGCCUAUCUGAGAGUUCUGUCUUUUCCAUGUUCGUCUCGCAAACAGGUCUAGGUCUACCUUGGGUAGCCAGAGUGGACGAUGUGUGGGACCAGAGUGCUGUGUACUGCAAGGAGUUUAUCCAUUCGAAGCUGAAGCGGUUGGGGUACAUGGGAGGCAGCACGAAGAACGGGGUUCGAGGUUCGGUGGCGGCUCGUGGUCAACGAGUCUCGCCUGUCUGCCGGGAACUCACCCUAGUCGGGUCCGAGCUCGAACGAAUGUACCCCACUCUCUACAAGGACAUCACCAAGCAGCUCAACGUCACCAUCUCGAGCGAGCAGAUCCUCGAGCAGGUGCUCUUCGACGUCGGCGACGCCGUGUUCAAAGCGGGGAUCACCUGGGCGAGGGUCGUCGCGUUCUUCGUUGUGUCCUCAUCGUUAUCAGUGGAGUGCAUGCAACAAGGAAAUGGAAUCUUCGUCCACAGUAUCACAGUGGCUCUCACCAGAUACGUACAAACAAAACUUGUCAAAUGGAUAACACAACGAGGUGGCUGGACGGAUCUCCUGCGGACGUUCCGCCGCAAAAGAAACGACUCGGGAACUGUCUGGCUCUUGACGUUUGGGGGCGUCUUUCUCGGUCUGUUCUUAACUGCGUUGUUGUCGCAUGCUCCGUAUUACCUCUCUGCUUGGCGGCCCGAGAAUUGAGGGUAGGAUGGUGAUUUAA